AUGCCAGAAUGGUUUUGGAUAUUUCUAGGAUCAAUAAUUUUAAUCAUACUACUAUACGUCUUAUACAAGUUAUGGAAUAAGCAAAAUGAGCAAGAAAAUCACUCUUAAGAGUUUAAUUAAAUCUCAGAUAAAAAUGGUUUAGGAAAUUCAUAUUUAGAGGAUAUUGAGAUUGGAUAUAUGAGCAAUCAAAGAUCUAAGGAUCAAAACCAAGGCUUUGGUAAAGAAGAAAAUCAAUUCAAUAGCCUAAGCCAGAUUAGUAAUAGGAAUUCUAAUAUACAAAAAUACCCUUUGAAUUCUUAAAUUUAAGCUGCUCGUUUUAAAGCUGAUGAGGAAAGAAAUCAGAAAGUUUAAAAAAUAAUUAAAUUUAUAUAUGCAUAAAGUUAGGGAAAAAGAAAAGUAGAAGAAAAGUAUUAAUAUUUUUUGGGCGAGUAUUAUUAACAAUAAGAAUUAUGGUAAGAGUAUAAUAUAAAAAAACUUGACUAAAAAUAAAAAAUGAAAUAAUUAUGUACAGCCUAUCGAGCUGUAAGAGGAGAUGGAAAUUGCUUUUACACUGCCUUUGGGUUUCAAUUUUUAGAAAUUUUAUUAUUAAAAUAUACAAAGGAUUAAUUUUAUCAGUUUCUUAAUGCGAAUCAAGUCAAUUUUUAGAUUAGAUUAAAUGAUAAAGAUCUUAUAGAUGAGGGUGAUUAAUAGAAAUUGAGAGAUGAAUUUUUCUUUAGAUUGGAGAGGCUUAAAUUAAUAGAAGAUAUAGAAUUAAGAAAAUAAACCUUAUAACAAGAAUUUAAAGCAUAUGAGAAAGAAAAUGAGAAAAUUGAUGGAUGCUUCUAUGGAUUGUCUACUAUUUUUUUUAGGAACUUAGCAUAAAAGGUUGUGGAUUUGGAUGAAAUUGCCAGUAAUACUUUUGGAACUUAAAAUUUAUUGCUAUGGGAAACGGAAUGCAAUGAAAAUGAAAUAGUGAUAGCCGCUUUCGCAAAAUAUUUAAAAAUGUAAUUUUAAUAAGAAAAUGUUUUAGAUACGUUUAACUGA